UUAGAGGAGGAAAACAAGAAAAAAAUAUUCUGAACCAAUGGACUGCAUACAUAGUACAGGAAAUGACCAGAGACUGCGGACACAGUACAGGGGAUGACCAGAGGCUGCAGACAGUACAGGGGAUGACCAGAGACUGCGGACAUAGUACAGGAGAUGACCAGAGACUGCGGACAGUACAGGAGAUGACCAGAGACUGUGGACACAGUACAGGAGAUGACCAGAGACUGCAGACAUAGUACAGGAGAUGACCAGAGACUGCGGACAUAGUACAGGAGAUGACCAGAGACUGUGGACAUAGUACAGGAGAUGACCAGAGACUGCGGACAUAGUACAGGAGAUGACCAGAGACUGCGGACAUAGUACAGGAGAUGACCAGA